ACUAGGGAGUGGGUGGCGAGAGCGGCGGGUUUUCGGUGGGAGCGGCGGUUAUUCCCCGAGCGCGGCUUCUGCGAGGAAAAACAGACGGUAGCCUGACGUUUGUCUGGCUGCUGCCGACAUGAGCGGCCCGGAUGGGGUCGAGAGGACGCCUCUCCCUGAAACCCACAGUCUCACCGUUCCCGACCGUGCCCCCGGAGACCCGGAUUCUCCCAGGUGCCUGAAGCUCCGUGAGGAAACUGAGGCGUCACAGGUGAUGGCGGAGACGGGUGAGGGGAGCUUCGAAGCCGUUGCGCUCCCACCGUCCCAGCUUCCAGAGGAGCGGGGCGCCCCCCGCGCUGCUCCCGCAGGUCCGGUCUGUGCCGGUAAGCCCCAUAUCGGAGGCGGUGGGGAUGGCGGUUACGUAGCGCCCGAAGCGGGGCAAGAGCAGGCUCCGCCUCCCAGGGAGAGACUGGAUACGGCGUCUGUAUCCCUGGCGACGGACGGCAGCCGGGGAAAUGGCGGCCGGCGGGGAGAGCCGCGGGGCUCGGGUGGGGAGAAGGCCCUAGAAACCUGUGGCGCGGAGAGGUUCGGAUCUGACCUGAUGGCGGAGGCGAAGGCUGAGGAAGUGAAGACUGAAGAGGGCCCCCUCUUCUCAGUCACAGUGGAUGAGGAGGUGGCGGAGAAGGAAGGAGUGAAGGAGGAGGAGGGAGUGGAGCAGGAGAUGGAGAUGGAGGAGAAGCCAGUAGGUGAAGAAAUAGAAAUGGUGGAGAAUAGAGUGGUGGAGGAGGCAGGGCACCGGCCCCUGCGGAUGGAUCUCCGCAUGAACCCUCUGGAGGCCAUCCAGCUGGAGCUGGACACUGUGAAUGCUCAGGCUGACCGGGCCUUUCAGCAACUAGAACAUAAGUUCGGACGGAUGCGUCGACACUACCUGGAGCGGAGGAACUACAUCAUUCAGAAUAUCCCGGGCUUCUGGGUCACUGCCUUUCGGAACCACCCCCAGUUGUCCCCCAUGAUUAGGGGCCAAGAUGCAGAGAUGUUAAGAUACAUAACCAAUUUGGAGGUGAAGGAGCUCAGGCACCCUCGAACAGGCUGCAAGUUCAAGUUCUUCUUUCGAAGAAACCCCUAUUUCCGAAACAAGCUGAUUGUCAAGGAAUAUGAGGUCAGAGCCUCUGGCCGAGUGGUGUCUCUUUCCACUCCAAUCAUAUGGCGCCGGGGCCGUGAACCCCAGUCCUUCAUUCGCAGGAACCAAGAGGUCGUUUGCAAUUUCUUCACCUGGUUUUCAGACCACAGCCUUCCAGAGUCUGACAGGAUUGCUGAGAUUAUCAAAGAGGACCUGUGGCCAAAUCCACUGCAAUACUACCUGCUGCGUGAGGGAGUCCAUAGAGCCAGACGUCGCCCAAUAAGGGAGCCGGUGGAGAUCCCCAGGCCCUUUGGGUUCCAGUCUGGUUAAACUUUGCCUUUGGGAAUGUUCCUGCAUAAAGUCCCUUUCCGCCUCUUGCUGGACCUGUGCUUGGGCAACAGAAAUGGGUAUGCCGUCUACUUCCCCCCCCCCCCCCUCUUUCUGACAUUUUUGCAGCCUUUUUCCCCUGGACAUUCAGUUCUCUCAGCCUCAAGAUUGAGACCACCAUGACCACACCCCUCCACUUCCACAUGUGCAUUAAUAUCACAUGCUGCAUGGCCAUGAUUCACACCACUCCUAAGCCAAGUUUGUGAUGAUGUAAAUUGCACUGCCUUUAUCUGCACUACUUGGACCCCGUUUGUUCCCAGGGCCUCCGGUCUGCCUCUUAUGCCUGGAAUUCUAGAUUUGUGUAGGAGCCCAUUCUACACACUUUGCUCUGCAGUACAGGCAUAUAGCCUGUGGACAGUUGCGGGCCUUUAAUGAUAUCAAGGGAGAACAACAGUGGACCACUUGGCCUGUAUGAUUUAUGUGACUCCAUUGCUCUUCUUGCGCCUCUGGUCGCCACCUGUCGCUGUCUGCUACUGGCUGUGCCCUUGGCUGCUACCUACUGGAUGAACAUCUUCUAGACCAUUGUCAGCCCCACUCUGGUUUCUGGUAAACAAUCUCCAGGUUUCCUCCCAGCACACAAAAGACCUUCCAUUCUUCUCCCCAAAAGACCUCUCCUCUACUCCUCACCCCCACCCCCCUUUCCUCCACUCCCAUCAUCCAGAACCCUAUUACUUGUCAGGCAAGUGGUUGAGGUGACAAGGUAGACUUGUCCUGGUGGCAGGAUGGUCUAAGGCUGGUGUCCAUUCAAAGUACCAGGCUUUCUCAGCCUCAACUAGUGAAUUCAACCAAAACUUAGGUACCUCUUUGUGCCUCCUUUUCUCAUCGGGAGCGUGAUUAAGUGCCAGGGUGGCAGUACACUUUCUCCAGUGUCUCUCUCCUGGCUCUUAAAAGAAGUGAUAGCUCAUAAACAUCUGCAGAAUCAGGUCUUUUAGUUUUAAUUUGGCUCUCCAUUAUUUCCAGGGACAGGUUGUCUUGUGUAAUAGACUACCAGAGCUCUUAUUUCCCUCUGCUUUCUUCCCUAUCCUCCACCCACUUUAGCAACAUCUAGAGGGUUUAAAGGGAGACAGAUUUAUUAGAUUAAAUGAAAAGCAAUACCUAGGCCCUAAUGGAUGGAAGAACUAAAGAUAUUGUGAUGGGUGCCCAAAGCAUGGGAAACUAAACAGAAGACCACAGGCAAAAAUGAGCCAGGUAAAAAUUGGGCCUAAAAUGAAGACUGAGAGCCUUCAAGGAAGGUUCUUUCUCUGUCAGUGGUGAUGAGAGAAGUUCUUUUUCUCAGGAUAAACAUGGGAGAAUUGAAGGGGGUUGGAAUGUUAAAUAUGUUGUCUAGAGAAGAGAUCUUUAAAGAAAUGCAACGCAACUUUGAGUGCUUUCUUUCGUUUUCAUUUGACUGACUUUAUGAGGAGGAUUAAUACUGUGUCUUUUAUUUCACUAGUAUUUAGUAAAUCCUGUUAUGUUAUUUCUGCUUACUGGGAAAAUUGAGCUGUACAGGCUUUAUUUUGCUUUCAGUUGGGAACAUUUGGAACAGUCUUAUUUUCCUGUAUGAUAUAGAGACUUAAAUGAAUAUCUGUAGUGGAUUUCAACUUGUUUCUGUUAAAACCGUAUCCUUAGAAAUAUAAUUUGAAUAACUUGUUCUUGUCAUAUUAUUAAGACUUUGGAAAUUGUUGUCUUCAUGGAAAAAUAACUUACUAAAAAUGUGUGGCUUAAUUGUCUUGAUAAUUUGCCCAGUUAACAACUUAGUAAUUGAUGUGUCUCUUUUCCUAAGUAGCAUAAAUACUUGUGAGGUUGCUCUGUCACAUUGAAAGUAUACCAUUGAUAUAUUUGUCUUUCCUUAUAUGCAUGAUGGUAAAAUAAAAGCAUGUUACUCUGCUAGAUUUCUUAUUUCUCACCCUGCGCAUAAAAACACAUGAAGAAAUUGUUCUAGGUGACGGCAGGUUAUGGAAUUAUUAAAGUUCUUAAAUGGAUACAAUAGGCGUUAUCCCAAAAGUAAGAAAAUGAACACUACUUUUGGUAGGGAGGUUUGUUGUUUUUGUUGUUUUACUUUAAAAUGGUAACAAUUUCAACUUCUUACUCAUGAUUGCAUUCUUUUCCAUACAGCUUGUGUAGCACCAUCCCCCCUUCACUUCCUUAAAGCCUCCAUUUCUAUCUCUAUAAAUGAUAUUCUCAGGUCAUUCAGGCUCUCUUUAUUCACUUGUGUAUUUAGUAAGCAAACAUUCAUAGA